AUGUCUUCAUCAGGAAUCAUUGUAAAGCCAUUCCGAGGAUACAUUCCACCAGCAGAUAAAAUAAGCGAAGUUAUCGCUCCACCAUAUGAUGUCGUUACACGUGAAGAAGCCGCUAAAAUGGGCAAGGAACGUCCAAAUUGCGUAAUUCACAUUAAUCGUCCUGAAAUCGCCUUCCCAGGUGUUGACGCAACAGAGGACUGCGUAUACCAGAAAGGUGCUGAAAACCUUCAGAAAUGGAUCAAAGAUCAGCUUCUUGUUCGUGCUGACAAGCCAGGAUUUUAUGCUUAUCGUGCAGAACUUGGCGGCCAUUCUCAAACUGGCCUCUAUGCACUUGUCUCUUGCGAGCAAUACGAGAAAGGCCUCAUCAAGAAACACGAACAUACACGUAAGGCUCCAGAGGAGGAUCGUACAAAGACCGUAAGGAUCCAAAACGCCAACGUUGGCUCCGUUUUCCUCGCAUAUCGUGGAAAUAACCACCCAGAACUUCGUGACUACGUCAAGAAGCUUACAGAGAGACCAGCUGACCGCGCCGCCCAUCUUGAUUUCGAUAAUACAGAUCACGAGCUCUGGUUCGUUGACGAUGCCGAGCAAGUCAAGAAGAUUGAAGAAUUAUUCGCCCAAGUACCACAUCUUUACAUCGCUGAUGGCCACCACCGCGCUGCAUCCGCUUGCAAUGUCUGGAAAGAGCACAAAGCGGCCGCUGGCGACAAAUACACAGGAACAGAGCCAUAUUGCUACUUCAUGGCCUGCAUUUUCUCCGAUGAUGAGCUCUGCGUUAUCGACUACAACCGUGUCAUCAAGCAGAACAAGCUUUCUGAAGAAGAACUCUUCAAGAAAUUGGAAGAACAUGGAUUCAAACUUACACAGAUGACAGGCGAAGAGAAACCAAACACACCAGACUUCCUUCCAGCCCACCACGCACGUCCAACAGAGCACAAAGUCUUUUCUCUCUACAUCCACAAGAAAUGGUACAGAAUGGAGUUUGUAGCUAAGGCCCUUUCAGAGUCUGCUGCCGACAACAUCGAUUCCAAGAUCCUUACUGACUUCUGCCUUACACCAAUCUUCGGAAUUCACGAUUUACGUAACGAUCCUCGUAUUAAGUUCAUUGGAGGCACAAGAGGCCUUCAUGCACUCGAGGAAGCAGUCAAGACAGAUGAUAUGCUCGCUAUCGCUGUUCCACCUGUCGAAAUGUCUCAGCUCUUCGACGUUUCUGAUGAAGGACAGAUGAUGCCACCAAAGUCAACGUGGUUUGUUCCAAAGCUUGCUGACGCCAUGGUUAUUCGCAUGAAUGAAGGCAAUGAAUAA